AAAACAUUUCCGCUGUUGGCAAAUCCUUCCACUCUGUAAGAGGGUAACAGAAUUGUGAGCAGCAGUUGACUCCUACCAUGGAGCAAGAUCUAGAGCAGUCCCCUUGCCAUCACCAGCCGACGGCGUGCAGCGAGCCUAGCUCCCCUCACAGAGACGACGCCUUCAAGGAUCUACUACUACACAUCUCACAGAACAUGUCCGACGACGACGCGGCAGCGCUGGUCUUCACAGCUACCAACGGCACUACAAGCGGCGGUAGUCCAUCAGCGCUGGAAGUUCUGCAACUAUUGGUCCGUCGCGGAGAGUUUUCGGCUCGUUCGUGCAGCAAGUUGGACGGAGAUUUGCGGAGGAUCAACCGUUGCGAUCUCGCCGAGCACGUUAGGGAAUACGUGGAGAAAUACACAGAGAUACAACGCCACAAUUUAGAACGGGAGGAGAACAGAACACAUCCACACCAGCAUCAACCUGUUGGCAUUGAACUCCCUACGUCCUCAGUACACCAAGAACAGUGUGUCGACAUAGGCUCAGAGCUACACGUAGUUGCCAGCGGAGGUCCUGUACACAGCACGCCUAAAAGACAGCAGAACACGGCCUCUCCUGACCUGGGCCACGAGCUGUUUGAUGCUCUGUCUCUAAACCCUCCCCAGAACAUGUUGGUACCUUCUUCCACCUCACUCUGCGCCUCAUCAGACCCUUUCCCUAGUGGGUCUUCUCCUGUGGAAAUCGCCCCACGUCACGAAAGAGGGUCUAGUCUUGAGCAUUCAACAUCAGCACACACGGGAGAAUAUCAGUCCUCGUUCAACGGGUCUCAACAGAACUCGGGCUCAAAUCUCCAAUGGGGAGGUCAGGAGGGAUACGACCACCCCUCGCGAUCUGCUAACCUCAGUCGCAACAGCAGCAACCACUCUCUGUCAUCGUCUGUUUCACAACUAAGCAAAGCCAGUCUACAGAAAGCCGAGCAGUUGCUCUGUAGAGCAAUGGAUGUAGUUGCAAACCAGUCACAAGACCAGCUGGACUCGUACCAUUCUGCCUCGACGACAUCGAUCCCUCGACUCCCACAAUCUGACACUAGCUCCAUGUACUCGGAUGUCGGUAACAAGGAUCCAUGGGCAAAGAAACUGAGCCAUAGUUACCAUGGGAGACUCACAACCAACACCCAUCAGGGCAGGAUGAGACGAACUCCGAGCGUUCCUGUUCGUAAUAGAGGCUUUGCUUCCCGGCAUCAUCAAGUAGCUGGAUCUGUACCGAAUCACGCCAGGUGUGAGAUUACCGACACACAGUUUGGAGUCAAAACACGGACUGAGCCGAUUAGUGAUAGUUUUUCAGCCGAUGCACCAGAUGAAGAUUGGAUUACAAUGAAACAACCAGCAAACCAGUCUACCACCGAGCAUGCCGACACCCACGAACACUCGGACGCAACCCCAGGACAAUCGGUCACAGCAGACAGCAGAAGACAGUCUACAAUUUCCGAUGCUACAAUCAAGAGGGUCUCAGUAGCUUCCGAGACCCUCUCUGAAACUACCAUUACCAGCCCCAGAACAUCUGUGUAUGGCAAAGAAGCAGUUCCGGCAGAUGUUGCACAAGAGGUGGGGGAACCACGGAAACCAUCCUCCCCGCCAGCAGGAAAAGAGAAGCCACGUCUCCGAACGAAACUUUCCUUUCUCCGGAGUAAAUCCCGCACCAGUCUCUCCUCGUCUCCCAACUUCAUGUGGAAAGUUGUGCGUGAAGACCUCAUAAAGCCGAUCUGGAGGCACCAAGCCCAGGCCAGCCUCACUCGCCCUGGUAAACUAGAACUCGAUGCAAAUCAAGGAAAACACAACCCGAAACUGAUGCUUCAGUUGUUUCCGUACGGUCUCCACGGAGACGAGGGAAACGCUGUAACGAUGGCUGUGCGGAUCACGAUACCCGACAAAUGUCCUCCUUUACCUCUCUCUUCAGAGAUACAACUGAGACUAGCGGUAUUUGAAGUUGAGGGGAAAGAAGUGAAGAGGUGUCCUUGUGUUACAGAGAAAAUCAGUAAAAUCAGCAUAUUCUACGUGUACACUGUCAUCACCCACAACCAGCUGAAGGAGUCGAAAUCAAAGUACUUUAACUUGGAAGUGGACAUCAACUGCAGUGGUUUAACUUAGCCACUGCAAUAUAUUAUAGCAAAUAGAGUGUUGUUGGGCCGUUCACAAUGAUCAAUCUGUGUUAUAAUGUUCAACACUACACUUUAAUUCUUUAUGCUAACAGAUAUUUCUAGCAAGAUGUGGUCCCCUAUUGUCUCUGGGGUAAUGUUACAGCUAAAGAGGUGAUGCACGUAAGACGAGUGCAUAUUCACAGGCUGUUGCACACAGGUCUUUCUCCAUGCUUCUUGCUUGUGGCUGCCAUAGACCACUAAUCUCAGAUGGACCAGGAGAGAAGAGGGAAGAGGAGGACACUUGUCUGGGGUUGAAAUCUUGGCCUGCAGGGAAGCACUCAGCCCCACGUUCUCAAACAGCCCACGGGGGAAGAGGACGAGGGAGAGUUUGGGGUUGUUUCUGCCUUGACCCACGUCGAGAUCUAUCUUCUGACUGCAGGUAAUCGACUGAAGCCUCCCUUCUCCAACUCUGGAGAGACAUUUGAGCAAGCGAUCUCUCUUCACCUGCCACUUGAUGAGUCCUAUAAGGUCCCUGGUUUGUUGCUCUGGCAAAUGAGGUAGCACGGAAUUAUUAGAGGGGCUAGUAGUUGUUUCAUUUGACUGGGGGGUAGAAGGAGAUGGUGGGUUAGACGGUUGAUCUUGAGAAAUACUGACGUUAGUAUGAGGAAAAGCUGCGGAAACAAUCGGUGCAGAAAGUGAAUAAACUCAGACAAACGUUAAACGUAGUUGUGAAUAUAUCUUACAGUUGUCGUUCUUUCCCUGCUCCGGGUCUGAUGGAGAAGCGUCAGUGUCUUCACCAGAGAGCUCUCGGGGUUGAGAAAUGAGCCGGCUGAGUGUUGAGGCAGUGAGUGUCUCGUCACACUUGUACUCAUCUGCCACCGUAGCCGACAGAGAGCGACCCCUUUUCUGUUCGUCUCCUGAGUCAGUGGUGCUGCACGAAGCACCUGACGAUUCGCUGCAGAGACUGGAACGAGACGAACCUGUGGCUAUCUGUAGAAGUGCCUGAAUGGCCAGUCGGGAUCUCUCUAUUUCCACCUGUUGUUGGCCAUGGUCAACGGAGCUUUGUCUCAGACAUGAAGAAGGCAUCGGGGAAUUAUCCGCCG